GGCGGCCCGGGCCCGCCUCUCCCGCGCCCGCUGCUCCUCCGGCCUCUCAGCUCCCCCACUCCGGGCGGCGGCUCUCGGCGGGUCCCGGGCGGGGCUUCCUCAGUGACCGGCUUCCUUCGCCGGCCGCGCCGCUGGCUUCCCUCUCGUUGGGUGCGCCUCUGGGAGCACCUGCUUGACAAGGCUGUCGUGUUAUGACGACCCCCAACAAAGGAAACAAGGCCUUGAAGGUGAAGCGGGAGCCAGGUGAGAAUGGGACCAGCUUGACAGAUGAGGAGCUGGUGACCAUGUCUGUGCGGGAGCUGAAUCAGCAUCUGCGGGGCCUGUCGAAGGAGGAGAUCAUCCAGCUGAAGCAGCGCCGGCGCACGCUGAAGAACCGGGGCUACGCGGCCAGCUGCAGAGUCAAGCGUGUUACCCAGAAGGAGGAACUGGAGAAGCAGAAGGCAGAGCUGCAGCAAGAAGUGGAGAAGCUGGCAUCAGAGAACGCCAGCAUGAAAAUGGAACUCGAUGCUCUCCGCUCCAAAUAUGAGGCUCUCCAGAACUUCGCCAGAACCGUGGCCCGGAGCCCUGUGACCCCUGCACGGGGGCCUCUCACCUCCAGUAUGGGUCCCCUCAUCCCUGGCAAGGUCGCUACUACCAGUGUCAUCACGAUAGUGAAAUCCAAAACGGACGCCCGGUCUUAGUGAAGCGAGAGUUGCCUCAGCUUGUCUGUGCAGGGCAGUUAGGCACAAAACCAGCCUGGAACCCCCAAAGCACAAACCCUCCUCAGAUGGGUCCGGGUUCCUUCUACUUGGCGCAGGACUGGCCUGCUGAUCACUCCAGUUUUGUUUUGUUGUGUCCAGAUUGGUAUGAGCAGUGGUGAUGCGUCCCUUGUCCUGUGCAGACAGAGCCUCCCGCCCAGUGAUCUGCAGCCCUCGGGCGCCCUUGGGACAAGCUGCGAGAUCUUGGGUUUGUAGCCAAGGAACGUCUGUGCAGUGUGGCUGAGGGCAGGCGACGGGAGGGCUGGGGAAGGUCUGGAGGGAGGCUUUCUUCCCAGGGCUGGGAACCCUAGUUUUCAGUCACUUCCAAAGGUUUUAUUUCAUUACUCUUCCUGGUGGUGCAUCUCGGUGCCUGACUGCCAGGCACCUGAACCUGCUGCUUUUGUCUCAUUUGGUACCUGUAGUUGCCGUUGGGGUGUUCUGUGUAAUAGGUUUGUAUUGUUUUCUUGGUGUGCCUCUGUGCCCUGACAGUGGGUUUCCCCUCAGAUGUCCGUGGCGUUAGCUGUGUGAACUAGCAGUGGUGGACAGAAGGAUGCUGCUGUGCCCCUGCCUCUGCCCCAGCGCUGGGCCAGAGCACCCCAAGGGAGGGAGGGAGGGAAGGUACCAUGUUGACUGCAGGCCGGUUUUGUGCCUAAUGUCUUGCACUGAACAAGACCAAACUCAAUAGUUGUUCCCGUGUUUUGAGGGUAUCAAGUGUCUCUAGUGUGAUGGUUUACACGACCAGUUUAUGUGGUUAAAUAGCCCUUUAUUUAAAGAGAGAAAGAUCAUUUUAAGAGUUAUUAAAUUAUCUAAGUUUAAAAUUAAAAUCAGACAGAAAAGAGAGCGUAUUUAUAGUCAGCUUUUUUAUCUGAGAGGGUGAGAAUAUUUGACCAUCUGAAUGGGGAAAUAUUCUCGGAGACUUUGCUAGUAAAAAGUUAAUAAAUAAUUUUAAAGUUUCUCAUGAA